CCUUCCUCCACCCUUUGUAGGUUGAUUCGCGUUGCUGAUUAGUCCCUCGACAUGGCUACGAUGGAAUGGAAUGAUUUGUCUAGUCAGACUCUCCCAAGUCUGUCAGGGACAUCGGGAUCGGCAUGGGGCUAUCCGUCGUCAUCCUCCAACGGCAACGUUGCCAACGCCUCGGAUCGUGUCUCAAGACCUGCAGGGAACGCCACCGGUUCCCUGUUUUCCUCGCCGAAGAAGCCACGAUGGAAUGAUGAUCACGACGAUACUAUGGACUUCGUAGAAGGGGAAAGGCGGCAUUCACCAAUCGAGAGCCUCGAAGAUUGCCUCGCACGACACCAGCAAGAAAUGUUUACCAAGUUGCUGCAGGAAACACACGAGGAAACUCGUCGUGUUACUAACGAACGUAUCCAAGCUCAGCUGAACGCUGCAUGGGACCGGGAGCAAGAGGUUUGGAUUCAGGAACUUGUGGGACAACGGAGUUUGGGUGGUUCUUCGGAACAGAAUCGAUUGGCCCUUCAGUCGCCGCAGUAUUCGACUAGCCAGAGUCUUGUUGCUGUUGAUACAACCCGCGGCAAUGCUGUGGGUGCGUCCCCAUUCAACCAUGCAUUCACAUCGCUCCAUGCUACGACGCAAGACACAGCGCCGCCCGAUUCUCGACUGGUUCAACUGCAUCUGGAGGUAGUCCGUUUGCUCGGAAAGGAAAGUUCGCCUCCGCAAGCCGCAGCGAAGCUGGAACGGUCGAUCGAAGCCACCACUCCAGCGCUGUCAGGAUAUGUGACAGCGUUGCAACUCGUACAACAGCUCAUUCCUAAAACAACUUCGCAGCACGCUCCCAUUCAACAUGCUGUGGCUACUUUGGUACAUUUGUGUCACCAAUUCCGCACCAUUAUCGUUCAUCGCGUACGCAAAGCCGCAUUGGCCGGACAGCAUGCCAUCACCACAUCCUACCGGACGGACCUUGCAACACAGGCAUCCGCGUUUACCCAAAUUUCAUUAACGAUGGACGACAGCAGUCCCUGGCCUAUCCUGUAUUACUGUCUGCGUUGCGGUGAUGCUGUUGCCGCGUUGGAAGUACUGGAUUCCGCAGGGCUGGCAUCGGAAACGACAAACCUAUUUCGUCGUGUGCUUUCCACUUUGGCCAGUAUGCAAGAGAACAGCGACAAUGCUUCGUGCUUCUGGCAGUCCGGAGGUCUCCCUCGUGUAGCUCUCGCGGACCGUCAAGCUUUGGCCGGGCAGUUUGAUCGGGCUUUGAACGAUUUUGCCAAAGGAGUUUACGCCUUGCUCUCGGGAUUGAAUAAUCUACCAACCUCGGAAACAAUCAUAGGGUUUAUGAAUAUUGAGGACUACUUGACGGGGCUCUUAUGGAAGGCAUUGAUGCAAGAAAAUGCUGACGAGGAGCUUAUCAGUGUGGCCAAUUUGAUCCAAGAGUUUGGGCCAGCGCACUUUGGCGAUAACGAAUCGGGCGGUUGGUCCUAUGCCAUGCCAUUGAUGGUCACACAGCAGUACAGCCAAGCUCUAUCGCACUUGGCUAAUACUGGUUCUUCCAUGGGACUUUUGCAAGCUUCACACCUGGGGCUCAUUCUGUCGACUUGCGGCGUGUACGACUUGGAGAUGCCGUCAAGGUCGACGAAUGCGGAUCAAAGACACUCUUUGGACGACGUGGCCGCCGCUCUGAUGACUGCCUACGGAGAUACUCUCGUGAUGGACCCCGCUACGGGCGCGUUAGGUGCACUUGAAUACUUGGCAAGGAUCCCGAGUAAAGUACGGGCCCGUAAGGAAGUUGCCGCCUUGAUUGCGAAGACUGGUGAAAUAGAACAACUGGUUGGCCAAAUCGAUCGCGAAGGUAUACGUGUAGGUGGCACCUUGGACAUGCACUUCACCGCCACUGAUAUUUCGUUCUUGCUAGAUGAGUCGGCUGGAAUUCUGACUCGGGAUCGUAGCAAUCGACAAAACGUUGGUUCGGCUGCAAUGUGCUAUCUUUUGGCGGGCCGAUACGCCAAUGUGUUGGAGCUCUUGAAUCAGCUCAUUUCGCCAGCACGUGGACUUGACGACAACCUUCUUUUCUGGAUUCAACAAACCAAGUCUUUCCACGACAACUACCUUGAUAAGCCAACACAUGUUGGUGAAGUGCUUGAGGAACAAGGCAAGCAAGGCCUGAUCCAAACAAGUCGCAUCCUUUUGGAGCUGAACAAUUUUUUUCACAAGAUUCAAGAGAAGCGCUUUAACGAGGCAAUGACUAUUGUAUCGAAGCUCGGUCUAGUGCCAGAUUCUCAAGCAGAUGUGAAUACCAAAGGAAGCGACUUUCAUCGCCUCGAUCGCCUAGUUCAGCAGUGCUAUCCCGAAGUUUUGCUUGGAGUCAUGGAGUCCCUUCGAUUUGAACACCGUCAAAUACAGUUGGAUCAACAGGGUGGAUCUUCCGCCGUAUCUCGUCAACGAUUACUAGAAAUUCAGGGUAAGGCGCGUUUCAUUGUGACUUUGGCUGGAUUGGUUGGACUUGUCAAUGAUAAGGUGCAAGAUCUUUCACGGCUGGAAGCUCUCAUGAUCUGA